GUGGGCAAGCAUGAGAAAGUGAUAGGUGGGGUGUAUCUGUUGGCGAAUGCUCUACUUCACGAAGAGGUGGUCAGGAAUACGGUGCAAGAUCAGGAAGAGGAUGAUAAUGUGAUCCACAAGAGUGAGGAUGAUGAUUUUGAGGAAGCACGCCAGGCAGGCGAACGAAGGAGUCUGGAAAAGAAGAGGGAGCCAGAAGCAGAGGAAAGGAGAACCUUUGAGCGAGGCAUGCCAUCAGGGACUCGGAGGGAGGACAAGAGGAAGGAGCACAAAUCCCAUAGGCACGACACAGCAGGAGGGUCAGGUGGUCCAGCGGUGCCUCCACAACCUGCUCARAGAGGAGUGGACUGUCCUAUGCCAGACAUAGAGCCAGACAUGCCUCAUGAGCCACAGGUGCAGGAGCACAAGGAAGAGCAGUCUGCCCAGGAGAAGGAACUGGACAGGAAAGAGAGAGCGGCGAGGGAGCAAGAGAUCAGGGUUCAUCUCAGGAUGAAGAACCUUGCAGAGCUGCAUGAGAGGAUGCAGCAGGGAAAAAAGCCUGAGGAGGUGGAUAACAAGAGGAGGUCUGGAGAACAUCAUCAGGAGAUGGGCGUCAAGCUAGUCUCCACAGACCUACUCAACCUGAGGGGCGUGAUGACGGAAGGCUUCGCAGCAGCCAGAGCUUCAGAUCAAAAGAUUGGAGAGAGGCUGACAAAGGUGGCACAAAAGGCGUAUGGCCAGAGGGUGGACUGGGAAAGAGAAGUGGAAGAUCUAAAGAAGGAGCUGGAAAGGCAGAGCAAAGAGGUGGAGGCAGUGAAAACAGAUAUGGAGAAGGUUUGGGCAAAGAACGAGGCCGUCGGGCAAAUCAACCAGAUGCUCAACAAGGUGAAUGACGUCCUGAGGGCCUACUUGCAGGCACAACAGGUUUUCUUUCAGGCAAAGGAGGCGGAAUGGGAGAAAAUGAUACAGGACCUUGAGGCCAGGUGUACGCGACAGGCUCCAACUGCAGUGGUGGAUUGGACUGAGGUCCAAGGAUUUGAGAUCAGGGAACGACCUGCAGCAGAAACCUUCAGAUGCCUGAAGGAAGAAGAGAAGGUGGACCAGCAGGCGGGCGAGGAGAUUCCCCUGAUAGACAAAGAGAUGUUGGAGCCGCGAUGAGAACUA